AUCUAUCAUCUUCCGGUGGGCGAAAAUUGGAAAAUGAAUACUUUGUGAUACAAAUCUUAUUUUGGACGUAAAUAUGUCAGAUUUUUUAAAAUCAACGUUUGGAUUCCUUAGUAAUCAAGGAGGGGUACGAGAUAGUGACUUUGUGGGCCAAUAUGUUGAACUUGGUGAACAGAAACUCCGUGUGAAGAGAGUAAUAGCUGAAGGAGGGUUUGCUUUUGUGUUUGUGGCUCAAGAUACUGCAAAUGGUCAAGAAUAUGCGUUAAAGAGACUUUUGGCCAGUGACCAGGAAAAGUGUCAACUGGUAAUGCAAGAGAUAACAUUACUUAAAAAGUUAUCAGGACACCCGAAUAUAAUCCAGUUCGUGUCAGCGGCCUCAAUAGGAAAAGAGAGUUCAGACACUGGCCAGGCAGAAUUCUUAAUUCUCACAGAAUUAUGCACAGGUGGUAUGUUAGUUGAUGUACUGAAAGAAAGAGGCAAGCCCUUGUCUUGUGAUCUUGUGUUGAGAAUAUUCUAUCAGGUCUGCAGAGCUGUACAACACAUGCACAAACAGAAACCAGCCAUUGUACAUAGGGAUUUAAAGUUAGAGAAUCUGUUGAUCAGUACAAAAGGGUCAAUCAAAUUGUGUGACUUUGGCAGUGCUACAACUACACACUAUUACCCAGAUGAAGAUUGGUCAGCUGUCAAACGUAGCGUAACUGAAGAUGAAAUUGCCAAGAAUACCACCCCUAUGUACAGGACUCCAGAGAUGUUGGAUCUCUACUCAAACUUUCCAAUCAAUGAACAAUCAGAUAUAUGGGCUCUAGGUUGUGUCUUGUUCAUGCUGUGCUUUCGUGAACAUCCAUACGAAGAUUCUGCAAAAUUACGUAUCAUAAACGCAAACUUUACCAUUCCUGCAACCGAUAACCACUACACAGUAUUCCAUGACCUAAUACAUGGUUGUUUUAAAGUAGACCCAAGGGAGAGGCCAAACAUAAAUGAAGUUAUAGAACGAUUACAAGAAAUAGCUGCAGCAAGGAAUGUGAAUUUAAAAGCUCCUCUUCAACUUACAAGUGCACCAAUUCCACAGACAGCUCCAGUUGCCCCAGUGAGCCCUACUAGACAACAAGCACAGUCUCCAUACCAGGACACAACCAGUAGAAUGGAGCCUGAUGGGCCAUCAGCUGCUAGUAGCAUGUUUAGCAUGCUUAGAGGUGGUGCUGGUAACCUGAUGAAGAACAUCAAGGAUGCCUCAUCUAAAGUUGUUGAAACUGUCUCAGCAACCAUGAACAAAGGCGAACUAGAUUUCUCUUAUAUUACGUCACGUGUGGCUGUGAUGUCAUUUCCUGCCGAAGGUGUUGAGAGUGCCAUUAAGAAUCACAUCGAUGAUGUUAGGGCGUAUUUAGAUGGCAGGCACCCUAAUGGUUAUGCAGUAUACAAUCUAUCAACCAGGACUUAUAGGGUUGCCAAGUUUCAGAACAGAGUUUCUGAAUGUGGCUGGGAUGCAAGAAAGGCGCCAACUUUACACAAUUUAUUUGCCAUUUGUAAGAAUAUGCAUCUGUGGUUAAGACAAAACCCCAAGAACAUCUGUGUGGUUCAUUGUUUGGAUGGUAAAGCAGGCUCUGCGACAGUGAUUGGUGCAUUCACUGUGUUCCUGAAGCUCUUUGAUAAUGCCAACUCAGCUAUGCACAUGUUUAACCAGAAGCGAAUGAAUCCAUCAAUCCUGCCAUCUCAGAAAAGAUAUAUAGAUUACAUUAGUGAGAUGGUGGCUGAAGAGCAGGUCUUACCGCACAACCGUCAAGUGAUGCUCAGUUGUAUUACUCUCAGCCCUGUCCCAGUGUUUAACCGCAUGAAAAAUGGGUGCAGACCAUUUGUUGAGGUGUAUGUGGAAGACAACAGAGUGCUGACAACUUCACAGGAGUAUGAGAGGAUGGUUGGUUAUCAGAUAGAGGAUAGAAAGGCCACUAUUCCCUUGAAUGUAUCAGUUGGUGGGGAUGUGACAAUUGUAGUCUACCACGCAAGGUCCACAUUUGGUGGCAAAGUGCAGGGCAAGCUCCAUCUAGAUGUUGACAUGAUCAAGAUUACAUCGAUGAAAAUUCUACAAAUCCAGUUUCACACAGGCUUUAUUCAUCCAGAAAGCAAGAGCACAAAGUUUUCAAGAUUUGAACUUGAUCACUUAGAUACUCCUGACAAAUACUCAGAGGGCUUCUGUGUGAACCUUGACUAUAUCGUAUCAUCUAAGGAGUCGAAGAGACCUGACCAGUCAUUCCCUUGGGACAAUUUUAAUGUUCACAAACUUUCACCAAAGAUUCUCUUCAACCAGAAAGAUGAGCAACAUGAGGUGGCAGCUCAGUUUGGUGCAUCUGACAGAGCAAGGCGGAAAUUGGAGCGUGAUGCAAGCCAGAGUUCAAACGAUGCAACUCCAGAGCACACAACAUCUUCCACUGACAAAGACAAAAACACUUCAGCAAAAAAGCCAGAACCGACAAAUGCAUCAACCUUUUUUACAUCUUUGGAUUGGCAAAAUGAUGCACCAGUUCAAAGUGAGCCUGCCUCACAGGGACCUUCUGAUUUAGACACUGAGUUCUCUGCACUAUCCAGUGAGCGUGUGGGUGAUGGAAAUGAGGAAUUACCUGCAUCAGAUGAAGAAGACUUGCUUGGAAGUGAGGAAGGGACUGAAGGUGUUGAUUUAUUGAAUAUAGGUAGUGAAAAGAAAGAGGUAGCAGAUCAGAUGAACUUGUUGGAUAUAGGUGAUUCAGAUCCUUCCAAUGUGGAUCUGUUGAGUGGAACUGCUAAAGCAGAUAAUACUGCUAGCCAGGCAUUCCAGAGCAAUCAAAAUCAAGAUUUAUUUGGUGGUGGAUUUGAUCCUUUUAACCAAUCUACUCAAGCCAGUGCUCCGGUAGCCCCUUCACAAAAUCCAAGUGCUCCUCAGCCUAGUCAAAAUAAUAUUUUGGGGGACUUAAUAGGUGGAGGGCUGGAACCAUCUGGCAAUGGUAGUGCCCAUAGUAGCAAUCAGAAUAUAUAUGAUCCAUUUCAAGAUUCAGGUGUUAGUACUCAAGUACCCAACAACAAUGCAUUUGACCCAUUCCAAGACCAAACAAAGCAACCUCAAGCCCAGCCCAAGCCCUUUGAUCCAUUCCAACAAAGCAUGAGUGGCUCAACUAGUUCACUUCCCUCAAAGAAACCUGAAGGAGAUGACUUUUUAGCUUUUAUGGAAGCACCAGCCUCUGAUAAAGACACCAAGGCUGAUGAUUUGAUGGGUUUUGUUGGGGGUGGACUUGGGGGACUUAAUGUGCCUAAUAACAUACCUAGGGCAGGGAGUACACCUAAUAUGAUGAAUAUGAAUCAUGGUAUGCCAAGGAAUACUAGCAAUCCCAAUCUGCAAUCAGCAGCAGGAACAGCCGGGGCACCUGGGACAGGAGUACCUCCUCCUAAACCUGAUCCAUUUGCAGCUUUUGGGAGCUUUGGUGGCAAGCCUGCCACAAAUAUGACAAAACCUGCUGGUGCAAAUGGAAUGGGAGGAGGAAUGGGAGGAAUGCAGGCUGGUAUGGGAGGAAUGGGCGGCGGCCAAGGAGCUCAGCAACAAAAACCAAAUUAUGGUGGUGGAAUGGGAGGUGGAGCCUGGAGGUCACCAGGGCAGUCCCCUCAACACAGACCAAGUCAACCAGCUCAGCCAGCUAAACCUAACUAUAGUUCAGCCAGUUUUGCUGGUGUCAAUACCGGUGCUCCUAAGUCUAGCAGUGUCAUUGGUGACAGGUCAGAUCGGGGCACUAGGAAGCCUUGGGGUCCUGCUCCAAAGGUUGGUGAACAUGCCUUUGAAGAUCUCCUUGGUGGUAACAAGUUGGGUAGCAAGAAAGAGGGACCAAAAUCAUUGAAAGAUAUGAAGAAAGAGGACCUUAUUAAGGAAAUGGAUCCUGAAAAAUUAAAGGUAAAGGAGUGGAUUGAGGGCAAGGAGCGUAACAUUAGGGGUCUGCUCAGUACACUACAUACAGUGCUGUGGGAGGGAGAGACCAGAUGGAAGGAAUGUGGUAUGCACCAGCUGGUUACAGGUGCCCAAGUUAAGAAAUUCUUCAGAAAAGCUGUCUUAUCUGUACAUCCUGACAAGCUGACUGGAACUCCAGAAGAGAGUUUGGCAAGACUGAUAUUUAUAGAACUAAGUGAUGCUUGGACAGAGUUUGAAGAGGGAGGCAUGAAAGAUUUGUACUAAGCUAGAAUGUUAGAAUAAACUAGGAAUUAUGACAUACUCAUACAAUGAUGAUUUGGUGAUUAGACAUAGAGCAGAUUCUGUGAUAUAUGUUUUGCUUACAAUUUCAUCUUGAUAAGUAAGUCAACAAACUGUAGAGUUUCAAAGUUUUGAGUUGGAGCAGUAUAGAUUUUUAGUCUAUAGGACAUAGGAGGAUGCUCAAAUAUGGAAAUGAGACAUUGGAAAGGAAAUAUUUAUUGAAUUUGUCUUAAUACAGUCAAUAGCACCACAUAAAAUAUCUGAAACUUAGAUACGCCUUUACACCGUGCACUUUUAUAGCUUAACAUUCAUUUUAGCUCACACAGGAGUUAAACUUUUAUGUGGUAUUCUAGACUGAAUUGACAAAUUAAAGAUCAUAAUUGUAGUUAAAUGUGAAUUAGAAUGCCACAAGUUAGCCCUGUAUCUAGUUCCUACACCUGCAAACAUACUUUUUCAACUGUAUGUUGGAGAAACAAAGGGGGGAGGGGGCGGUAAGAUCUUACGCAAAACUUGCAACAUACAUG